UUCCAGCUGAGCGGAGGGAUGGAGAUGCGGAGGGCGCAGCAUCAGCAGAACCGCGGUCAGAGUGCAGCAGCUUCUCCACAGCAUCACCACACACAACAAGACAGACACAGACACAGUCGACCUAAAUUAUUUUAGUAGCGCAAUUAUCCUAAAACUCCCCGAGGUAUUCAGCAGUCGGAAAGGGAAAUUAAUGAAGAAGGAGGGCGAAGUAAAUUGACCGACUCUGCUGUGACAGAUGUUGGAAAAGUCUGGCUGAAUGUAGACAGAAGAGGAAGAAGAAGAAGAGGAAGAGGGAAACUGUCCUGAAAGGAGAUGAACACGUUUUUCAGUUGGAGGCGGACGAUGAGCGUUAAAGAGGUGGAAGCUUUGUUGCGAUGUUUCCUUCACUGAAAGCUUCAGCUGACGGCGCACUUUGCAUGACGUCGUACAGAGUCUUAACUCUCUCCUCGUCAGAAUGAGGAAUUACAACAGAGUGCUUUACCCAACAUGCAGUCUGGAACAAGACCGAUGCCACUCUAAAGGGCAUGUUAUUGACGGAACCACAUCUCUACAGAGGACUUAACUCAAGUCUGAUUCCAACUUGACUGCCACUGGUUAUGAAAAUCUGCACUCCGAGACUGAAACGGCUGGGGGUAAGAUGUUUGUGGAGUCAGUCGUCCAGUGGGGGGCGUGGAGCAUCCUGCUCCAGUUUGGACUGGGUGUAUCUGCAGGAGGUUGUCCUCCACGCUGUGUGUGUCGACCUGAGGCUAAAGAAGUGAUCUGCUCUGGCAAACAUUUGAACUCAGUGCCAGAGGGAUUUUCCAGCGAUGCCAGGCGUUUGGAUUUAUCCCACAAUAAGAUUAAGACUGUGGGGCGCCGCCAGUUCUCUGGCCUCCUGCAACUUCAAGAGUUGGAUCUCAGUGAUAAUAUAAUCUCCAUGAUUGAGGUGGAGGCUUUCCAGGGCCUACAGAAUCUCAGGACGCUUCGGAUUAAGAAUAACCGACUCAAGAUCAUCCCGGUUGGGGUGUUUUCUGGCCUGUCCAGUCUGCGCUUUCUGGAUUUGAGCCAGAAUGAGAUUCUGGUCUUCCUGGACUAUACCUUCAAAGAAAUGGUGAACCUGCAAACGCUGGAUGCCGAGGAGAAUGACUUGGUCUUCAUCUCCCAGCGGGCUUUCUUUGGUCUGCAGAAUCUGCAGGAGCUUAACAUAGACCGCAGCAACCUGACCUCUGUUCCUACCGAGGCAUUAUCCCAGCUCCAGAGCCUGACACGUCUCCGCAUGCUACGCCUCACGAUUUCUACACUGCCCAACAAUGCUUUCCGACGACUCCACCGCCUGCGUAGCCUCAUGAUUGCAAACUGGCCAGCACUGGACACUAUGGCUAGCAACAGCCUGAUCGGUCUUAAUUUGACCUCGCUUGUCAUCAGCAGCUGCAACCUAAGUGCUAUUCCUUACUCAGCACUUCGUCACCUGGUGUAUCUGCGCUUCCUGGACCUGUCCUACAACCCUAUCACUGUUAUCCAAGGUAAUCUGCUAGGAGACCUCCUGAGACUCCAGGAGUUGCACCUUGCAGGGGGGGGGCUGCUACGAAUAGAGCAGGGUGCCUUUAGGGGACUGGCCUACUUUCGCAUGCUUAAUGUGACAUCCAAUCAGCUCACUACUUUGGAGGAGAGCGUCUUCCACUCUGUAGGGAACCUUCAGGUGUUGCGGUUGGAUGGGAAUCCCCUAGCAUGUGACUGCCGGCUCCUCUGGGUGGUCCGCCGCCGAUUGCGCUUGAACUUUGAUGGACAUCAGCCCACUUGUUCGUCUCCUGAUGCGGUGAGACAGCGUGAAUUCAGAGACUUCUCAGAGAAGGAGCUCCCGAGGCUGUUUACCUGCCGCCCUGCCCGUAUCAUGGACCGCAGGCCGCAGGAGGCGAGAGUAGAAGAGGGCACUACAGUUCACUUCUCCUGUAAGGCUGAUGGGGAUCCAUUCCCAUCUAUCACCUGGAUCUCAUCCCAUAAGAAUGUGGUUUCUCCAACAGGACGAAUCAGAGUUUUGCUCAAUGGUACUCUAGAAGUGCGUUUUGCCCAAGUUCAGGACAGUGGCACAUAUCAGUGCCUGGCGGGCAAUCCAGCGGGCAAUGACAGCCUGACUGUUGGUCUGUACGUAAAAGGACUCCCUCGUAACCGAACCAUCCCCUUCCUCUCAGAGGAGGGCUGGGCAGAGCCUUCAAAUCCCCAAGCAGCCAACUCCUCAGCUCAAAUGGCCAAGCCAUACCCGUUUGACGCAAAGACCCUGAUCAUCGCCACCACCAUGGGCUUCCUGUCUUUCCUCAGCUCGGUGGCCAUCUGUUUUGUCUUCAUGUUCUUCUGGAGCCAGAGCAAAGGUCAGAUCAAGCACACGGCAACUAUUGACUUUGUUCCUCGGUCUUCAAUGGGUGGUGGAGGAGGGGAUGGAGGUGAUGGUGGCAGGUUCACCAUGAAACUUAUUUAAAGCCAACGAAGAGGUGAAAGGGGUCUUCAUAUUGACUGCGAGUUCUUCUGCACUAUUGACCUCCAUUGGGACACUUAAGGACAGAGACCUCUAUUCAAAGGCCCCUUUAGAAGACAAAUCAGAACCAGUUUGUUGGACUUGUGCUAGGCCUCUUCUAAUUUUAGAGUGGAAAGUUACAUCUCAGCACCCACUUUGCUGUGUUAUCUAACUAAUGAAUAUCUCAUGAUCCUGGAAUAGAAAGAUGUUAACAGAUUGUUGGCAGAGCUGUCUCGUGGUUGCAGUGCAUUUGUUUUCAACAACUUUUACCUUGAAUAAGCAAAUGACCACUCACCUAGCACAGGUGUCUUUUUUAUGUAGCAUGUAAUUAUAAAACAGUUUUAAUUUUCACAGAUUUUGGGAUUAACACAUGAAGACAAUUUCAGUUUGACACGAUUAUCAAGGUUUCUGCAUUGUCAAAACAUAUCAGGUGCUUGUUUAAUCAUCCAUUUUGUACAAGUGUGCUCAGUUUUAUGUCUUCACUUGCCAAUACAAGCCAAGUAAACAUUUGCCCUUUUGACCCACCAGUUGCUAUUUCUGCUUACCCACAGAGGAUCAUGUCAAAGACUGCCAAUUCAGCAUUGGCUGUAAGACUUUAACAUGUUAAUAUGUGACUACAAAGCUUUUGAUACUCGCAAUAAAUAUAUGGAAUAGACUAGCCAAAUCAUUUCUAAUUCUCAACUUUAUGGUUAAAUCUUGGACAUUUUGGAGCUUUGUAGUAUAUUUCAGGUAUGCUACAUUGGAGACGUGCUUUUCUGUAAUGGCUACUGCUUACUUUAAAUGAUCAUGUAGCAGUGUAAAGGGACUGAUAGCAUACCAUAAUGUACAUAGGAAUGUAUCCUUUCCCAUUUCAUACUUAAAACAAGUUUGUCAGGUCCAAAUUCGAUCACUGUCUUUCUUUUGUAACAUAUUAUUUUAUCAUGUAAUUACAUUAGAUGACUCUUUGUUCCAUCACAAGAUGCUAUGAUUUCUUCUUUUUAUAUUCAAGAAACCACUUUUUUAUUUUUUACCCACACAAAAUAUGUGCCUCAGUAACAUUCUCACCAUCGACAGAGAGAAUGCUCACCUGAUUGUUAUCUUGUAAAUAUUUAGGUCAAGGGCGUUUGUGUGCGCUGGGUUUAUUCUCUCAUUUUGUCUAGUUCUGGGGAUUAGUGUCACUCAAAUAUGCCACUCUUGUUGUGUAUAAACGUAACUAUAUAGAUGCACUACGCACAAAGCAAUGCUUUAUUAUGCCAGGAAAAAAGGAUGUAAAUGAUGCACACAUAUAGCAAUGACAGGUUUUUUUUUUUUUUUUGCUAUCUUGCUAUCAUAAAUGACUCAACCAGUUCCCCUAUUUUUCACUGACUUUUUUUUUCUUCAAUUUACUUUAUUAAAUGCCUGUAUUCAAACCUG